AUGCUUGUUGCAGACAGAAUCCCAGACACGAAAGUCCUGGAACGGACCGGAAUCCUUGGCAUUCACGCCGUGUUGGGGCAACUGCAACCGCGAAGGAGCGACCUGCUGGUGAGGGUGGACGAAGAGCGAUUAGCCAAACAACUCUUCUACGAGGGUGUCGUCACGGGUGCUCACCGACCGGGAGGACAUAAACGUCGCUACAAAACCCCCCUGCAGAACUACUUGAAGCGAUUGCAGAUCAACCUGGAGACUUGGUAGAUUCUCACACAGAAUAGAUCGGUCUGGAGAAGGGAAGUAAAAACUGGCGCAGCAAUCUACGAAGCAACCCGAAUCGUCGCCACCACCUAAGCAAAAUGAGAAGCUUGCAAGUUUCAGGUGCCCCCGACCCGCAACAUCGUCACUCAACCCAACAUAUCCGCGCUGUCAACGAACAUUCAGCGAGUCUCAUCGGUCACCUUUGGGCCCGACGACAACAGUGCCCACCCUCACUGCCGUUGCUCCGAAUCCCCGUACCCCACCCCCAUAUAUCGCGGACACCUCCGCGGUGAUGAUGAACGCAACCUCCUCUACCUUCACUGCUCUCAACCGAAACGCACCAACCGCCUCGUCAGCCACCAGCACCCACACCACCACCACCACCACCACCACCACCACCACCACCACCACCACUCCCAGCGAUGUUGACUCGGUCUCAACUGUCCUCAUUUCAGUCGCACAUUCGCCUCGAGCAUCGGCCUGGUCGGUCACCUGCGAAUCUAUCGCACAGAGACUAGCGAACCAGUACCUGGAGCACCAGCAUACACCAGACGCCGUUGCCUUAGCUGUCCAUACUGCAUCCGCAUAG